GUAGGCAAGUGUUAAAAGAAAACGUAACCCAAUAUUGUUUGAGAGGAAUAAACAAUUUCUGCAUCUUCACAAAAAAUAACAAAAAAUAAAAACAGAGAAAUGUCGAAGAUUGUUAAGGAUGACAGGAUGUGCACCUUUUUAGUUAUUUUUCAGUAUUUGCACAAUUUUUCACUUUUCUGGCUGUUUUCUGGCACAUGAAAAAUCCUGAGAAAUUAUUUAUGCUCUCCUAAAGGCAAAGCCAUCAGGAAAAUCGAGUGAAACUACUUUGGAAGCAUCCAAGAAACGAAUCAGUAAAACAACAACUAAGAUUACUGAAGAUGAAGAAAAGAAAUCCAAAAGAAAACCUAUUACAAAAGAUUUCAAAGCUCCUCCUACAUCGAAAGUCCAAUCCCAAGUGGUCCAGGCAACGUCACAGAAAAAGCUUGGCGAGAAGGUCAUGACGAAGAAUUCAAAGACUCCUGUGAGAGCUGAAUUCAAGAAACAGAGUUCCAUUGAAAAAUCAACCACAAAAGUGCCUCAAAAAGCAAUGAAGAUUGAAUUGAAAACAUCAUCAAAGAGCUCAAGCAAAGGAGGACCAAUGAAGGCUAAACCAAUGCCCGGACUGCCGAAGAGCAAUGUCAUGAAUCAAGUGCACAACGUUACUGUUUCAUCCCCUCCGUCACAGAGAAAAGUUCCGGAAGAGACGCAUCUUCCGAGGGAUCGAACUAAAACCCGGACUCUUGAUCCUGAUGAAAUUGUAAUAUUUAAGAAAAAACCCCAAGUAAACCCGGAACCUGCAUCUACAACAUCUGACGAGAAGGACUCUUCUAUUUCUGAAGCUGUAUCCUUGAAACCAGCUGUUGCAUUUGAAGUAAAUUUUGAAGCAGAGAAGAAAGUUAAGGAUAAAAAGGAAGAAUUGAAAAAUGACAAAAAAGCAACAUCUCCUGAAGAACAGGAAUAUAACUACGAGGAUGAUUUUGAGUCAUACGAAUCGGAUUUUGAGUCUGAUUCCCCAUCAAGAAGUGAAGAUGAAUCUUUAGAAGAAAAAAGUGACGAAGCUGAAAAAGAUUCAACAACAUCUUCACCAACAACAUCUCCUGAAAUUCCCCAAAAAGAUGAAGAGAAAAAGCUCGAUUCCGGAAAUUAUGAUCUACAGGUUCAGAGGGAAAGAUCACCUUUGGAUAAUAUUGAGGAACAUGAUUCAGGAGUAAUCUUUGAGGAAGUAAAUGUCCCAAAAGAAUUCCCCAAGAAAGUAAUCAAAAACACUCGUGGAGAAGAAUUAAUGAAGAAAAUUUCUCUGGACACAAUGACCUUCUCACUGUUUGAAUUGAAGCCUAUUCCCUACGAAUACUACAUGAAGGUUUACGGACAGGGUAACACUACCCAAAUUUAUACUCAAACAGAAACCGAUGAAAUGGAUCAGGACACGCAAACUGAUGAAACAACUUCUGAGAGUGUCUGGACGCAAUUCCCACCUACUUUCUCGAAAGAUGUUCUAAGCUCUGGAAUGGGAGUAUCCUAUCAUGAAGAAAGGAUCGGCAUUGGGAGAGACAAUAAGAAAGAUUUUGGAACAAUUAGUCAUUCUAAUUACAUUUUCAGCAACCUUAUUGACUAUGAAAACCUUAACUACUUCCUGCAGAAAACUGCUGUGGCUGUUGCAGGUGUAGUUCAGAAGAAGCUAGAAUCUAAAAUGCUCAAAAGUUCUUCAAUCCCAACUAGUACGGGGUUCUUCACAUUGUCUUUGGAUCAGGAUAUAUUCAAACGAUACGAUGUCACCAAGAUUUUCACAGAUCGAGAAAUUCCCAAUCUCCUAAUUACGAUUCAUCAGCUCAAACAUCCUCAGGAGAAUGUCUUUUACUCCAAUCUCAUCGGAGUUUGGAAUAUCCUCGACUCAAAAUAUCCAGUUAAGAUUUUAUCUAGCUGGAGUGAUAUAUCCCAUGUAUUGGUUCACAAAUCAUCUCCAGAUAUGAUUAUAUCGGCAUCAUUGGAUGGAUCUAUGUCAUUGUGGGACGUACGAGAAUAUUUACAGGGUCAGGAUGAUGAGAAAGUUCUAGGUCAGGCCCCGUGUCAGUUGAUAAUACCCAAAAUUCUUGGAAAUUGCUUCGAAAUAGGACGGAUUGUAAGCCUAAAAUGUAUCGAGUGGAAAUCUGAGAGCGAUUUCUUUAUGGAUUUUAGUCCAAUUCAGGUUUGCUCCUUGCACGAGGACGGAAUUCUAAUCAUUUGGUUACUAAUUGAAACUUCAUCGGCGGAACCAACAUUUAGUAUCAAUGCAUCAGCACAUGAUCAUGCAUUUAGCAAAGCAAAAUUAGUUCAGAGUAAUUUAUUCGAUCUACGUCCCUUCUUGAUGGAAGAUAGAACAACAAAGAGUAAUUUUGAGAGACGAUUGUCCUACUUUGAGGGAGAUUUAUUCAGUGAUACUGCACUGAAGGAACUCCAAGACAAAGAUGGGGAAAAGGAUUCAAAUUCAGAAAUUCUAUGUACGGACUUUGAAGCUCUAACCGAAGGAUACUUUGUUGCAACAAAUCGUCCUUUUUUGCUGUAUUUCAACAAAUCUCCAAAGAAGGAUUGCAUUGUGAAGAUUCCAGUUGAAGAUGGAGACUGUAAAUUGCAUCCAACUGUACUUCAGGUGUGUCCUUUGCGAGAAAAUCUCUUGAUUGGCUUUUCCGAUGGUUCAGUAAAAUUGAAACCAAUUGUUUUUGAGAGUGACGGAGCUUGGGGUGGAGUGGAGGCGAAGGUAGCAGAAGAGGAAGUUGAAGAGAGCAAUCUUAGUGCAAAAUCAUGUGCCAUUCAGAAUAUUGUGAAGAAUGAAAGGAAACUCUAUCAGGAGAGUCAGGCUCUCAGUAAUCUCGACAGUACGGAGAUGAGAAAAACUUUCGCAUCUCACGUUAGUUUGCAGAGAAAGGAUGUUAGGAUUGGAGGACCUAUUCUUGGGGGUUCAUACUUCCGAAGAGGAUUUGUACGAAAGAUUCAAAUGACGCGAAAACAUAUUUUUGCUCUUUGCGGAAACAACCUUAAAGGAUUUAAUCUCAGUGAUUACGAAGAAGUGCAAAUGGAGAUGGAAAAUAUGAAUAUUGUGGACAUUGGAUCAACUUCCGAUGGACUACUCAAAUCACGUCUGGUGAUUGCAACGAGGGGAGAGAUACAAAUUCAUAGUUUUGAUAUUUGCUGAAAUGGCCCGUGCGACGGCGUUAAUAAAUGAUGCGACAUCGAUGAAGGGGUCAUGGAGUUUUAACAACAAAUUGUUGAGGAAAUUUGCUCAAUUCUUUGAAUAUGUGGGUGUACAAUUAGUGGGACAGUUGAAUCAUUUCGCGUCAUAUAAGCAGGCAACAACUGUGCAUUCUCACAAAUUAUUUAUUCAUUACUACACAAUAUAAUUUCCACCCCCCAAUCGUCUAACACGGGACACCAAAUAAGCCACACACGAUUUAUUAUAAAAAAAAAUUACCCAGAUAUGGAAGAAAUUGUAAGGGGGUGGGUGGGUGAUAAAAGAGAGUAAAGAAAUAUAUUUGAGAGUGGUGAUCACUUAACAGAAAA